GGUUGAUGUACUCAUGGCUCUACUGUUCUCUUGAACAAAAAUCAUCGUGGAAGUUCUUGAAAUGCUAAUAAUCAGUUUUGAUAAUGGAAUUUCAAGUAUGUUUUUGUGUGAUGCCUGGACUUUUCCAAGCCUCUGUUAACUUGUCUAACAUUAUUACCCUGGGAAGGUAGUCUAUUAUUCGCUACCUGUGAUUAAUGUGGAAGGACGGGCCGUGUUUCUUGCCUUCCUUGCAAAAAAAUGUACUUGCCACCUUCCUGGAGACAUAGGUCCAUCAAAUGUGUGCUCCAGUGUGCAAACUCUGCUGGAGGACCCCCACUUUCUACCACUAACUUCUAGUGCAUCCUAUUUUUCAUGUUCAGCUCUUUCGCUGCAUCCUCACCUCUUCUGUCUUGCUUACAGAUAAGCCACAUCACAGAUUUCCCCAUUUCUCCUGAAGGACCUCCCAUAAGGUCCUAACCAAAACUGCACUGAGAAGCCUCAUGCUUGGAAGAGGAGACCUAUUUUAGAGGCUGCCAUUUUUCAUUACUGUUUGGUCACCAAGGAAAUUUCCUCUGACAAAACCCUGGUUAUGGAUAAAGAAAAUACUCAGCUUCACAAAUCAAAUGAUGUUCCAGCAAAUGACAAGCAUGAGACUGGAAAAGAACAAGUGUAAGUGCUGCGACCCUGUCAUCUAAACUGUGUCUCCAGCUGACUUCUAGCCAGCCAAGCUUUACCGAUCCUGCACCAUGGAAGACUGCCUUCACACCUCCUCUGAAAACCUCUCCAAGCUGGUGAGCUGGGCCCACAGCCACGGGACCAUCUGCAGCCUCAUCCCCAACCUCAAGCACCUGCUGUCUGAGGGAGCCCACGGCAACCUGACCGCCAUGUGGGGCUGCAGUGCUGGCCAUGCCUACCACUGGCCCCUGGCUGCCACUUGCCGGGCUGGCUCCCAGGAACGCGUCUGCUUUCAGGACAACCGCAGCUUCAACUCAGAUAGUCCCAGCAUGUUGGGGGUGCCCUCUGAGACACAGGCCAGCCCACUUGAGCGUUACCCAGGCCGCCCAGGGAAGGCCAAGCUGGACUGCACCCGCACCCGUGACUCCUGUGAUUUCUCCUACUGCAGUGAGCCCUCAGAGCUGGGCGAGCCUGUGGAGGAAUACGAAGAUGAGGCCACUCUCUUCGACAUGGUUUGCGAGUCCUCCGUCACAGAUGAGGACAGUGACUUUGAGCCACACCUGCACCGCAUGCCCGGCGGCCCUCGGAAGCGGCCACCCGCUGGGCUCCCUGCUGCUGCCCAGGCCCAGCCAGCUGACGAGGGCAGUGGUGAGGUUCUGCUCAAGAAGAUCAAGCAGGAGCUGCCCGAGGAUUACUACAUCGUGGCCAAUGCUGAGCUGACGGCUGGUGCCGACGGGCCGGCCCUGGCCCUCACCCAGAUGUCCAAGCCCAAAGCACCAGUGCAGGCUGGGCCCUCUGGCCUAGGCCCCACCAGGGCUCUACCUCUGACUGCUGCUGGCCCCGACCCUGACCCGCAACACCUCUGUGCCUCCCCGCCUGGCCCACCCCGUCUCCCUGCGCAGAGACCUUCCCGAGCUGCCCUGGUUUCCCCAGCCCGUGGGGCAAGCAGCGGGCCACCAGCCACCCUGCAGGCACCAGCCACUAGCUCCAAUGCUGCUGCCGUGGGGAAGGCCAUCAGCAUCCCACUGUCUGCCCUGCAGUUGCCUGGGCAAGAGGAGGCCCCAGCCGCAGAAGAGACCCUGCUGCCUGCCCCUCAGCCAGCCCCUGGGGGUGGUGAGGCAGCUGUGUCACCUUCAGUGAGUGCUGAGCCCGAGGUCAGCUCCAGCCAGCAGCAGCCCCCUGCUGCCCCUGCUGCCACCCCUGAAGCUGCAGUCCCAUCGAUGCCAGGUAGGAACACGGGUGGAAGAGGCGUUUUGGGGUCCCCCAGCUCAGUGUGAAGGGUAGACGGGGGAUGAAGCUCAGUGUUUUUCCGUAUUAGUAGAAGUUCUCGUAUACCUACUGUCUCCCUCUCUUUUUUUCAUCUCUUGCUGCUGCCAGAGCAGUGAGAAUUGGUCCAAAUGGCAGUAUUCCUGCUGAAUGAUUGUUGUGUGCCAGUCUGCAGGAGAGCUCAGCUGAGUGAGGUGAUUCUGAGGCAGAGGAGGUCUGUACUGAAGUGCGUAGUGCUGUCCUGGGAGCAGACAAAAGCAGGAGGGAGAUCAUGCUGUGCCUCUUUGCUGAUUCAGCCUGGGGGUGUCUGCUUAGAUAGAGCAGAAUUAAAUACUGGGGGGAAGUGGAAAUUGCAUUUACUCGAUCUUUUCCUGCUUUACCCUAAAAACAAUUGGCCUUGGUGAACCUGGGCACCCUGAAAUCUGGUUGAGUCUAUAAAUUAGCAAAAGCCUGCAAGUCUUAUUGCCAGAAGGAAGCACCUGAUCUACUUAAAGACCUGGUUUUACUAAGUAAAAUCCUACUAAGCUUUGUAAAUUAGGCAAGAUGGGUAUUGUUUUAGUUACAGCAAAACAAAUUUCUCUUUGUGACUCCCAUUUCUGCAUCUCUGAGAAGUUACUCUGCAGUAGUCCUGUUCUGUAAUAUUCCUCUUGGAAAUCUCAGGCUGAUUUAGAUCAGAUUCUGCAUAUAUAAAUAUGAAAGAUAUUGGAUGCCCCAUUUCGAUCCAAAUUGUGUGGUAAACCUACUUGCUCAGCAUUACUCAGUUUAUAGCACAUAACUGCUGUGUACACUAGAGCUGGUUCCUACCAGCUUGCAGGCUGGGGCAUGCAAACACAAACCUAGGCAGAAUUUUGCUGUAUACAUGUGUGUGUUAUCUUGGAGAGUGAUUUGCUUUCAACAGAUGCAUUUAAAAACAAAAAACAAAAAGAAGAACAAAACAAAACCACCACCAUCAACAAGAAAAAAAGCCAGAAAAAAGCAACACACACGAAAAACCUUCAAACUAGUUUUGUCAGGAUUUCAUGGGGAGAGGACCUGAAACCUUUUUAUUUAUGAGUGCCCUUCUCUGCUCUCAGAUGCCAAACAAGGGCAACAACUGUUACCACUGAGGGUAACACCUUGCAGGAAUGGACAGAGUACCAUGGUUUCUACCCAGAGCAGGGCUGGUCCGUAUCUAGUGUCUUGCUAUGAGGACAAAAUGGAGUAUUUAGAUUCACACCCACUGUAAACCUCUCGAAACCUCAUAGCACCACUUGCACAGACAGCAGCAUCACAUCAGCAUGCUGCCCAAGUUCCAUUUCAGUCAAUUACAUCUUUAAUUCUUGAGUUUCUUGUAUCGUUCUCAAAAUGUGUUACAUGGUUCUCUCCUCAGCCUGGUAUAGUGUUGUAAUAUGCUGUUACUGGACUCUGAUGUAUCUGCAUGUCAGCCAGGGUAAAAUGAUUGAUACACAACUGUCACUUCAUACGUCUGUCAAGUCUUUAAUUUUAUAGAUCUACCUCCUUUGGCAAAGAAGUGCUGGCAUAAAUCUUUGAGCUGCAGAGAAGUGGGUAAUGUGGCAAGUGAAUUUAUUGCAAAUUCAUGGCUCUGCACAAUAUGCAUUCUUGGAGCUAAACAGUGAAGGUCUGAUUAAAAACUGUAGCAUGUUUAUUGUUUGUGUACAUAAUACUGUCAGAUUUACUUAGCAAACAGGGACGUGGAAGUGGUGCAUGAUAUAUAAAACUUGAGCCGUAUUGAACUAGAAGAAUUAUCUAUCCUAUAUGAAAAUGUUUCUGUCUAAGCAGAAAGACAAUGAUUAGUACAAUUCUUACAGAAAAGAAGGCAGGAAAUAAUUAUACAAAGGAACCUGGAGCGUUUAUUUUUUUAUCCACUUGGUUGAUGUUUUGACAACAAAGAUAGAGUUACUUUCUUUAUUUACUGAGUGGCAACUGAAUGUUGCAGAGACUUUGCAAAGGUAUUUUCAUGUCUUAGCAGUGAAGUGGUAUCGAAUGUCAAGUGUUGAUUUCUGUUGGGCUCAGGUCUCUAUCUGAGCAUUGUAGGAUAUACUGAAUUAUUUUUGUUAAACUCAAACCGUAGUAUGUGGACAUUUAUCUGUGAAUUUUCUGAUUAUUUUUGUUCUACUUUAUUAGCAAAAGCUUCAAAAACGUAUGUAGGCAUGUAGGUUCUACUUAGUCCUUUCUCUGUUGUGGAAGAAAAUGAGGGUAUUUAUAUGGGAAAAGAGAGACAUUUCUGAAAUCAUGGAGAGCAGGGAAUUCCUGCUAUUUCUACUUCCCAGAUAGUCUCUUUUGUCUUUCUCCUUUGCUAAUACUUCGUCUGCUUCUGUCCAAGAACCAGCAAGAGGAGGGUGGAUCACAUAAGUUGCGAUGCGAGUAAAAAGCGCAGGUUGUAGUAUAUAUUGCCUUGAAAAAAUUGUUAUCAUUUGGAUGUCUGAAAGCAGAAGUAAGAAAAAAAACAUUUGCUGAAGGAUGUGGAAUAAGCCUGCAGCUUGG